AUGAUUCUCUUCAUCAAUAUCAUCAUCACUCUAAACUCAACUCUUAAAAAACUGAAUGCUGAGGUUUCACAGAUGAAACAAACGAAGGUUUUGGUGUUUAAAACUCUGGGUCAGUGUGUGGUUCUUGGUUGCCCCUGGAUUCUGGGUUUCUUCAUUAAUGGCAGUGAGGUGCUGGAGAUCAUCUUCCUGAUCUUGAACUCCCAGCAGGGAACCUUCAUCUUCCUGAUCUACUGUGUCCUCAAUAACGAGGUCAGGCAGCAGUACAGGAAGUUCUUCAGAUGUCUUUGCGGUGGACACAAAAAACUCUGAGGACUACCGCAUCAUGUUUAGGCAUUAAAAGUAAUGCUGAAAUGCCAUUAACAGGUGAUGUAAUUCUUACAGUAAAAUCCAUGUUUAAGAUGUUUACUGUAGUUUCAGCUCCUUCCUGUAAAUACUUUUGAUAUUACAGUCCUAAAUACUAUUAAUGCUGAACAUUUAAAUCCUUUUUAAACACAAUCUUCUUCUUGGUGG